UGUCAUGUUUUCGUACAUGUUUGUGUCAGUCUACCAGAGCAAAACAAUAGCAAGAGAACGUGGGUGGUGCCUCCCGCGGUCCGUCAGUACACGAGUGACUGCCUUGCUACAAGCACGCUGCUGCUGCUUCUCUUGGCUGCUCUAGUGGGUGAGAGGAGCGGGAAAAUGAGACGUGUGGCCACCGUGGCCACCUGCACCCUUAAUCAGUGGGCCAUGGACUUCCAGGGCAACAUGGAGCGAAUCAUUGAGUCGGUGGAGCGGGCCAGGGCAGCGGGGGCCAGGUACAGAUGCGGGCCAGAGCUGGACGUCACGGGGUACAGCUGCGGGGACCACUACCACGAGAGCGACACGCUGCAGGGAGCGUGGGAGGUGGUGUCCCAGAUAAUGCAGCACCCGGCCUGCGCUGACAUCAUGGUGGAUAUAGGCCUCCCAGUCUCCCACAAGAACGUCAUCUACAACUGUAAACUUGUCUUCUUCAACAAGAGAAUUCUGUUGAUCCGGCCCAAGAUGAUCGUCGCUAACAACUUCAACAUGGGGUCGAGGGAGGGCCGCUGGUUCACUCCCUGGCGCAAGGUGCGGGAGGUGGAGGAGCACCUGCUGCCUCCCUGUGUUACCAGCGUCGCCGGCCAGACCUCCGUGCUCUUCGGGGACGCUGUUAUCGCCACCAGGGACACCACCAUCGGCUACGAGAUGUGUGUGGAGCUAUGGAACCCGGAGAGCCCGCACGUGGCCAUGUCCCUGGAUGGCGUGGAGAUUAUCUGCAACGGGUCCGGGGCACUGCAGGAGCUGGGGGCCGCCGACGACACCUACAGCUGCGUCAGGCGCGCCACGGCCAAGACUGGCGGCUGCUACCUCUUCGCUAACCAGCGAGGCUGCGACGGCAGUUCGGGUUACUUCGCGGGAGACGCGUAUAUCGGAAUGAAUGGCGAGAUAGUCGGGUGCGCGGCGGGGUACAGCCUGGCGCAGGUGGAGGUGGUCACGGCCACGCUGGACCUAGAGACCGUCCGCCGCUACAGGAGCCUCUUCCGCAGCAGGUGCGAGCAAGCUGCCGCUAGCCCCACCUACCCCAGGGUCCAGGUAGACUUUUCCCUGUGCAGUGAAGUGGCAUACCUGCCGUCCUGUGAUCCGGUGGUGCCCUGGGUGCCCAGUGUGGCGCAGCAGGUGGUGGAGGGCCCUGCCUGCUGGCUUUGGGACUACCUGCGCAGGUCCGGAAGGAAGGGGCUCCUCCUAUCUCUCGCUGGAGACGUAGACUCCUCGGCCACGGCGGCCAUCGUCUCCUGCAUGUGUCACAAGAUUGUCGACGCCGUCGCUGCUGGGGAUAAAGAGGUUGUGUGUGAGAUCCAGAGGAUAACGGAGGAUGGGGAGUAUGUGCCUAGUGAUCCCCGAGAACUAUGUGGCCGCCUGCUGUACACGCUCCACCUGCCCUCGCCUCCACCUGCCACUCAUAGUGCCAACCAGAUGUGCUUGCCUCCAUCUGCCGCCCAUUUGGCUCACCAGCUGGCCAAGGAAAUCGGCAGCAAGUACCAGAGCGUAGCUGUGGAGGGCGGAGUGUCGGCCAUAAUGGAGAGCUUCACAGCAGCCAGUGGCUCCUGCCCCAGACACCAGCACCAGGGAGGAUCACCCGUAGAAGAAGAAGCCUUCGACCAUCUCCAUUCACGCCUUCGCAUGACUAUGGCCUACCUCUUUGCCCAACUGGGACUGUGGUCACAAGGCCGGACAGGGGAGCUGUUGGUGCUGGCAUCCAGCAGUGCUGAUAACAUCAUGGCAGGCUCCUGGGCCAAAUACGGAGACACUUCAGCUGAUGUUAACCUCCUGGCUCGCUUUCCCAAGAAAGAAAUUGAGAAAGCUCUCUUGCUGUGGGCUAAAGACAAACUAAACCUUCCGGUUCUGAAAGAUAUUGUAGACUCCAGAGCAAGAGAAAGCGAAGGUAAAACCCUAACAGAGGAAGAGAUGGCUGUGAUGAGGAACCUGCAAGCAAUGGAAUAUUGUGGUCCUUACUCAAUGUUCAGCAGGCUAAUGUAUCUAUGGAGAAAUACAUGCUCUCUUAAGCAGAUGGGAGAAAAAACAAAGGCAUUUUUUCGGUGGUCCAGCCAGCAGCGGCACAAGAUGACAGCUCUGGCAACCCCCUACUAUGUGCCAGGGACGGGUCCUCCAGAUAUCGACCGGCCCUUGUUCUACAAUCACACCUGGUCCUGGCAGUUUACGGCCAUUGAUAGGGCGGUUGAACAAUUAAACAGUGAAAAAAAGUGAAGACUGCCUCAUCACCACCUGACUGCUACUCGAUACUACGCUGUACAGAACUUUAAAUUGCCAGUUUCUACAAAAAAACUAAGACUAGACAAUAGAAAAAGGCCUCGUUUCCUGCAAGGUCGGCGUUUGACUCCCAAUGGUCUGAGCGGUUAGGCAUGGUCCUCAUAACCCCUUCCAAGUGCUGUGUAAUCAUACUGGUUUUGCACUUGCUCCUCAUACUGUAAUUACAUUACCUUGCCAAUAUCCAUUGCAAAUACGUACACUUUGUUUUUAAUGGAUUCAGUUCUUUCUGCAGUUCUAAAUGACAAAUUUGGUCAAACUAAACUAUUGGAAGCAAUGAAGAUGAAUGUUACUUUCUCAUUACACUUUUAUUAGAAAAUAUACAAAUCAAUCACAAUUAUCAUCUUCCUUGAGAUUAUACAAUCAUAAAACACAGGUACUGUAUAUAACUUCAUGUCAUGCAUUACCACAAUUCAGGUAUGUUGUGUGACCAAUAAAAAGUGAUAAUUCUUGUAAAAUUAGCAAUAAAAUGCCUAAUACAG